AUUAGUGCAGGCAAAUUAGUGUCUCUACAAUAAAUACUCCCCAGGCUACAAACUUUGAGAAAAAAAGAAAAAUGUGUGGAAACAAAUUUCCAAGGAGAUGCAGAUUCCAGAGGAAAUGUGUAUUAAAAGAUGGGCUUAUCUGCGAGACCGAUAUGCCCGAGAAAAGAGACAAGGAAAUUUACCUUCUGGCAGUGGUGCAAAGCCUGAAUCAUAUUGGCCACUCAUGCACACGAUGGAUUUUAUAGCACCUCAUAUAAUUCCUAGAGCAACGCGUUGUUCAAAAAACAUUGCUAAUGAAAUAGAGUCUCUCACUACAGAAGACAUAUCUUCCCAACAGUAUACAGUGUCCCCAGUUAAAAUAUCAUCUAUUUUUCUUGAUGAAUCUCAAUCAUCAACAACACUAUCCUCAACAUCACAAUCAUCAACAUCUCAAUCGUCUGCAUCUGAGUUCUCGCCAAUUUCCCUAUCACCAACUACUUCAACAGUUCCGAAACGGAAGCGGAAUAAUCCGGAAACAGACGAUGAAAUCAAUUUUACAGGAGCCAUUGAGUCUUUUAAAAAACUCUGUAAAAAAAUUAGGGGAAAAAGAAGAGGAGAAAAAUCCAAUUGAUGGCUUUGCGAAAAUGAUAGUGGCAACGAUUCAGAGCAUGGGUCCUGUGAAGCAAAUUAAGGCCAUGCAAAAGGUGACGUCUAUAGUGAUGGAAAUGAAAUUGGAACCAGAUGACUGAAAAAUAUUUUAUACUUAACUAUUUUUAUUUUAAUUAUUUCUAAAUAUGUUAUCCUAUAAUACACCGUGCGACAACAAUUAGAGUUCAACGAGACCAUAUACACUUGAU